CUGUCUCAUUAUCAACAGAUUAAAAUUUUUAAAUAGACUUGCUGAUUGCUGAGUCCCAUCCAGUGUAAGUUCGAUCGUGGCAAGAGAACAUUGAUCGUGGAUCGUGCGUGCAGAGUGUGGAUCGUGAGAUCGUUCUGAGGAGUGUUUCGUGGACUAAAGGCGCACGGUGGAUCGUUCUGGACGUGUUCAGUGAUGUGCAUUGACGAAAGCUAAGGAAUUCGAUUCGACGACCCCGUGGGUUCACAUUGCUCGGUUCCGUCACCGACACGGGUGCGCCUAGAAGAAGAACCGACAUUUAGUACAACAGAAUGCCAUCCGCAAACAAGGAUAAAGUUUUUGGCGCAUGGAAUCGCAGUGAUAGCUCCGGGAACGUGUACCUUUCUAACAACAACAGUGCCGAGAGCUUGGCGAAAAUGUUUUCCCGCACGGCUCCAUCGAGUCCACGAUGGACACCUUACGGUUCGCGCCACAACUCACCACCGAUGCCGAGCUCUCCGCUAUCGUCCUCACCGCCGUCGACACUGCGACGCAACUAUUCCAGCACCUUCACGCUCAUUCCGGAAGAUCGCGCCAUCGAUACAGUUUCCCCGACAGUUCCCAUCAGACAUCCCGCACCGGCCGCCUCCGGUGGUUCACCAGACUCACGAUCAAGAGGCAGCCAUCACCGUGUGUCCAAUGGGCGCAUACUGCUGCGACUGGUGCUCUGGUGGCCACUGCUGCUAAUAACUAUUGCCCAGCGCAUUCUGGGCUUUUGCAUGCAGCUAGCCUGGAAACCGUUCCUGAUGGCCACGCCAGCCUUUUGGCUUUCGGCGUGCCUUUGGAUGUUCUGGAAGCUUGUCACAUGGCCACUGGCCGGUUUAAAGUGGGUUCUUGUAUCACUGCACACACCGGCCAAUGAGCGAAACCGUAGGAAACGCACCAUUCUGCUAAGCUGCGGUAGCACCAUCCAGACGCUUCACUUGGCCCGCAACUUUUACAAAUCCGGUGCCCGGGUGGUUGUGUUCGAGUUCGAAGGGUUGUUCGCGUUGGCACGUUUCUCGACCGCGGUCAGCAAAUUCUAUACCAUCCAGCGUCCGACGCCCGAAGCGGCCAAUGAAUACAUUGCGGCGCUGUGUGAGAUCGUCGAGAAGGAACAACCGACCCACUACAUACCGGUCUGUGCCACCAGUCCGGCGCAUUAUGAUGCGCUGGCCAAACCGCACCUGGAGUUGCGCGGUUGCUCCAGCUUCAUACCGGGAGCACAGGAAACGUCCGUCUUGGAUGACAUUCUGCAGGUGAUGCGCAAGUGCAACGCGAAUGAAAUCCCUCUGCCACCGCAUCAGAUCGUGGCGUCCAAGGAGGAGCUGAACCGACUCUACGAUAGUGGCUGGUUAUCCGGGUUCCGGAACGUAAUGAUUGCAUCCGGUAUGCUGGGGCUUAUGGAGCGCAGCAAGUACGUGCUGCCUGCGAACCGGCGUGAUCUGAAGCUUGGCUACGAGGUGAGCGAAGCACAGAAGUGGGUCGUGAUAAGGGAUGUGGUCGGUUCGCACUACGUCACCUGCACUACGGUGAAGGAUUCUACCGUGAUUGCAAACGUGACCUGCGCCAUUCAGAACGACACGCGGAGCCUCGUGCCGGAGGAAAACGCGGCCAUCGAGCAGUGGUUGAGCGAAUUUUUCCGUCGUAUCCGGCUUCAGCGUCCGAUCAACGGCCAUAUAAGCUUCCGGCUGGUGAAGUGUCAAUGCAGUGGCCAGAUAUUACCGCUCGGUAUACGGGUUGGUGUAUCGCUACCGUACAUCUGUUACACCGGUGUCCAUUCGCGGGUUCUCUGUAAACCUUGCCCUCACUUUAGCCGACAGAACUCGGGGCCAUUGGUGCAGGAAGGAGGACGGUAUUGGAUCCACGAAACGGUUAUGAACGCGUUGCGGCAACCGAGUGUCGAUGCCGUACAGCAGCUCAUCGGUACCGUCAUCGAUCAGCGGGAAGCUCUCUUCGUCUAUUGGGAUCCGUUGCCAUACUGUGCCUACUAUCACUUUCAGUUGCCCUUCAAUUCCGUCAAACGGUUCCUCCACAAACGGCAGACUUCGAGAACGCCUGUACCCGCUGCUGCUGCGAUGGCCGCACCGGUCCAGUGAGCCACGGCCACGGUGUGUGCCCAGGUGUGUGGAUGUGUACGUGCGAGUGUACGUGUGAUUAAAGGGUAACGGUGCGGGGCACAUGCUAGCUUCGUGCCGGUGGGUGGCUGUACGGGAUAGGCUACUAGAUUGGAGUAUGGGCCCGCUGUUGCAUCGGUGUGGAUCGAUCGAUCACGGUGUGAUGGGCACGUGGCCUACCAUACUGUUGCCAGUGGGACGUGGACCGAUUGAUCACGCUCCGGGCAGCAGCAGCAGUGGGAUCAAGUGAAAAUAAACAAUCGAUAUCGAUGCGGGGCAUCGCUAAGCGAACCGAAACCUCUGCCGCCGUCGACUCGCGCUGCUACCAUACACACACACACACACACACACACACACACACACACACACGCGGCGCAUGGUCCAUGCAGGGGUGAUGAAAUGGGGCGGCGGAGGGAUGAACUACAGUGCUCAUCAUGGAGAGAGAAAUAAUAGACUUUGAUCCCAAAACGGCAUAGGGCAGGCUGUAUGCACGGUCUCGGUGGCUGGAGGCAAUCGGUGGUUCAAUGAUAAUGCACACGAGUAACCACGGUUGCUCCUACAGGCGAAGAUUAGGGUUCAAAUGGCCAAACUGUUGGCCAAAUGGUACUGUUGUCCAAUGAAUCUAGAGUAGGUAAAAGCUGAAUCGAUUAGGCGAUAUCGGGCGGUUUAUCUAUGAUCAUUUUCACGACAAAAGAAAUGGAAUGUAGAAUAGUGUUCGAAGCACUCAGUUUCACAUUCGAUCCCAUUGCCUAGCAAUGGAACUCGGAAUGGAAAUACAAAAUACAUUUCACUUGAUUCCACCUUUCUUGACACGGUAGAAUGGUGCAAUCGUCUACGGUAAAGUAAGAAGCAAUGAAUUUACAUGUACAAAUCGCAGUUGAAAACAACCAAUAUCACUGAGUGAUAAGAGUAAAGAGCAGUCAUGCGAGAAGCUGUGU